AUGUCUCAUUCAACGGGUCAGCGCUCAUUUUUCAAAGAUCUUCAGCAACUCUUUCGCACGAUUGACACCUCAACUGACGGUCAAGCCUCCAUAGUAUCCGUGAAUGAAUUGUCAGUGAUUGUGUCGUUGAAUCCGAAAUUUGGUCUCAACGCACACGCCUCUUUUAUUGUCAAUAUUGAUUGCCCUUCAGCCUAUCCCAAAGCCGGCCCUGAAGUCCACUUCAUUACACCAAUCUUUCAUCCCAAUGUCUACAAUGGUGAUGGUAGUGUUUGCUUAAGUCUUCUCAAUGAAUGGCAUAGCUGUCAUAGCCUGUUGGAUGUGGUCAAGGCCCUCAUCUACCUCAUUGAACAUCCAAAUUUCGAAUCAACAAACAACGGCUUCGCAUCUGAUGAGAAGCUGUUUGACAAAAAGACAUUGCGGCUGCUGGCAGGUCUGCGUGUAAAUGGGCGGCGGUUCCCGCCUAACCAAGCCUGGUGUGAGUGGGCAGAGGCCAAUGGAUGCCUGCCUGUUGAUGAUGAAGAGCUUGACGAUGAUUCAACUGACGUCGGAGAUGCGGUGCAUGUGGAGACCCAACAGGAGCCAAACAAUCGCAUUGAGUCUCUACCUGGCGUUGCAACCUACUUACAUGAUGCAAGUCAAUAG